AUGGGAUCGCAGGUUAAGCUGGUAUCUCAAUAUUGUGAAAAAUAUUUAACUUCACAUUUCCUUAAAUCGGAACAUGAUAUUUCCAAAAUCAAUCCGUCAAAACGGUUGGUUUAUGGAAUAACGCGUGAUCAUGAAACGCAAGAUUAUGCAGUAAUUGAAAAAUUAGAAGUACGAUGCUCCUUAUGCAACCGAGAAUGGAUGUCCUCCCGUUGGUGCCGGGGCUGUUAUUCAGAUCAUUUCGAAUCUGAAUUUAAAAAUUGGACAAGUGACGAUACUGAUAUUGAACCUUUAUUCAUUGGUCAAGGUGGAUAUGGUACUGUUUCUAAGGCUUAUUGGGAAAAAGGACGUAUUUAUAAGCGUGACUUUAUUGAAAAUAAAUGGGAAAGAAGUGGACCAAUGUGGGUCGCUUUGAAAAGUAUAGAUGAAGAGGAAGGAAGUACUGCUGCUUUUCUUAAAGAGGCCAAAGCUAUGAACAGAUGUCUAAAGAAUGAUAUCCGGGUAAAUCGUAUUGAUAGACUUUGGAGCAUUGCAAUUGACCUUCGUACCCUACAUCGGGCAGACCUCGUGCAUCGGGAUCUACACAGCGGAAAAGUGCUUUUUGGAAGUGAUAGACGUAGCUUCAUUGCUGACUUUGGGUUAGCAUGUAAAGAUGGCCAAGCUCAAGAGGAUGAUUCUAAGGGUGUCUUGCCGUACGUUGCACCGGAGGUACUUUGCCGUCAACCUUACACGAGAGCCGCGGAUGUUUAUAGUUUCGGCAUCAUAAUGUGGGAGUUUACCUCUUAUCAAUCUCCUUUUGGUACUAUAGAACAUAAUUGUGAUUUAGCAAUAACGAUUCAUGGUGGUUUGAGACCAAAAGUGAUUAAAGAUACACCGGGUUGCUACGUUCGAUUGAUGAAACAAUGUUGGGAUUCUAAACUAGCUAACCGUCCCACAGCUCACUCUUUGGCCGAUACUUUAGAAAAAUGGCUCCAAAUUAUUUGUGGAAAAUGUGAAACAAAAUGCGAUGACAAAGACAUAUGGGAUCAAUUUAAUUUAGCCGAACAGAAAAGACAAAAAAAUCCAUCUCUUAUUAAACCAUAUUCAGAAGAAUUACAUCCUUCUGUAUCUUUAACUAGUCGUAUUCUCCCGAAGAUUUAUCUUCCAAUUCAAAUGACCUCUGAAGAAAAAUUCACGAUAGAUGAAUUUCUAAAAGAUUAUGAGAAUAAUAUCGAUGAGAAUAAUAUAUCGAUGUUAAGUUAA